CUCUGAGCCGGAGGUUUUGUUGUGAGGGUCGGUUGUCAAGCAGCGGCCAAUCAGGGCAGGGGAUGGAGGCAAGUGGGGGUCGCCCCUGGAGCAGAGCCUUGGCCUUGGGAGCCGCCACUGCAGCCCAGUGUUGAGCUGAGAUGGCCCGAGCCUGACAUUCCAUGAUCCAGGAUCCGGACGGGCGUGGACAGGCUGCUGCCGUGGAUGAUUUAAAGCGAAGAGUUGGUCCCCGAGAAAGGCAUUCCCUCUGCCUGGAUGUGUGGGGACUCCCUGCCGACUUGAUUGGUGGAUCUGGGGGGGAUCCACCCCCACCCCUGGAGGAAGGCCUUCUGUUUCGUGGGUGGAGCUUCGAGUGCCAGACAGCCGGAGGAUGGCCACCCCGGUGGUCACCAAGACGGCCUGGAAAUUGCAGGAAAUCGUCGCCCACGCCAGCAAUGUGUCCUCACUGGUGCUGGGCAAAGGCUCCGGGCGGCUGCUGGCGACAGGAGGGGACGACUGCCGCGUCAACCUGUGGUCCAUCAACAAGCCCAACUGCAUCAUGAGCCUGACGGGUCACACGUCCCCGGUGGAGAGUGUCCGCCUCAACACCCCCGAGGAGCUCAUUGUGGCCGGCUCCCAGUCGGGCUCCAUCCGCGUCUGGGACCUGGAAGCUGCCAAAAUUCUUCGCACACUCGUGGGACACAAGGCCAACAUCUGCAGCCUGGAUUUCCACCCCUACGGCGAGUUUGUGGCCUCGGGUUCCCAGGACACCAACAUCAAGCUCUGGGACAUCAGGAGGAAAGGCUGUGUCUUCCGGUACAGGGGGCACAGCCAGGCCGUGCGGUGUCUCCGGUUCAGCCCCGACGGGAAGUGGUUGGCAUCGGCUGCAGAUGACCACACAGUGAAGCUCUGGGAUCUGACUGCCGGCAAAAUGAUGUCCGAGUUCCCUGGCCACACGGGGCCCGUCAACGUGGUGGAGUUUCACCCCAACGAGUACCUCCUGGCUUCCGGCAGCUCUGACAGGACCAUCCGCUUCUGGGACCUGGAGAAAUUCCAGGUGGUGAGCUGCAUCGAAGGGGAGCCGGGGCCUGUCAGGAGCAUCCUCUUCAACCCCGACGGCUGCUGCCUGUACAGCGGCUGCCAGGACUCGUUGCGCGUCUACGGCUGGGAGCCCGAGCGCUGCUUUGACGUGGUCCUCGUCAACUGGGGCAAGGUGGCCGACCUGGCCAUCUGCAAUAACCAGCUGAUAGGCGUGGCCUUCGCCCAGAGCAACGUCUCCUCUUAUGUGGUGGACCUGACCCGGGUCACCAGGACAGGCACGGAGGCCCAGGACCCCGUGCAGGACAGCCGGCUCCUGACGCAGCAGCCGCCCCUCCCCACCGCCCCCCUGCGGCGUAUCUACGAGCGGCCCAGCACAACCUGCAGCAAGCCUCAGAGGGUGAAGCAGAACUCGGAGAGCGAGCGCCGCAGCCCCAGCAGCGAGGACGACCGGGACGAGCGGGAGUCUCGUGCGGAGAUUCAGAACGCGGAGGACUACAAUGAGAUCUUCCAGCCCAAGAACAGCAUCAGUCGGACACCACCUCGAAGAAGCGAGCCCUUCCCAGCACCCCCAGAGGAUGACGUGGCCACAGCCAAGGAGGCAGCACAGCCCAGCCCAGCCAUGGACACGCAGUUCCCGGUGCCAAACCUCGAGGUCCCACCCUGGUCCCAGGUCGUCACUUCCACCCCCGCGCCCAAGGCUGAGCCUGCCAUCAUCCCUGCCGCCCGGAACGAGCCCAUCGGCCUGAAGGCCUCCGACUUCCUGCCUGCGGUGAAGAUCCCCCAGCAGACAGAGCUGGUCGACGAGGAUGCCAUGUCGCAAAUCCGCAAAGGCCACGACACCAUGUGCGUGGUGCUCACCAGCCGCCACAAGAACUUGGACACCGUGAGGGCCGUGUGGACCACGGGCGACAUCAAGACGUCGGUGGACUCAGCCAUAGCCAUCAAUGACCUGUCGGUGGUGGUGGACCUCCUUAACAUCGUCAACCAGAAAGCCUCCCUGUGGAAGCUGGACCUCUGCACCACGGUCCUGCCGCAGAUCGAGAAGCUCCUGCAGAGCAAGUAUGAGAGCUAUGUCCAGACGGGCUGCACCUCCCUGAAGCUGAUCCUACAGCGCUUUCUGCCCCUCAUCACUGACAUCCUGGCAGCCCCGCCCUCUGUGGGUGUCGACAUCAGCCGGGAAGAGAGGCUGCACAAGUGCCGGCUCUGCUAUAAGCAGCUCAAGAGCAUCAGCAGCCUCGUCAGGACCAAGUCGGGCCUGAGUGGCCGCCACGGCAGUGCCUUCCGGGAGCUGCACCUGCUCAUGGCCAGUUUGGACUGAGGAACCCACUGGAUGGCGGCACCAGGCAACCCUCGGGGCCUGGCCUCCACCCCCACUCCUGUUACCUGUGCACCCACCGGCCCAUGAGCUUCUGCCCUGUGGCCAUCCUGGAGGCGGCGGCGCUGGCCCACUGGCCACCUCCACAGCCCUGAACUCAGACAACUUCUGUCCAGCUAUGGCUGCCCAGCUUUGCCUAAUUCUUGCUUCUUGGGGCAGCCAACCAAGCCCUGGGGCUGCUGCUGUAAUUUAUAAGACAAAUUUUAUUAAAUUUGUAAUUAUU